AUGAGUGAGUUUGCAAAUCAGCUGCGAGCCCAAAGAAAGGUUUCGAGCUCGACAAAAGAGCUAGUCAAACAGAGAUUGGGUGGGUUCAGCACGACCAAUGUUGGUGCAUCGGACAAGAAAACAGGCGAGCAAAAGGACUCUGUUGAGCCAUACACCAAGCUGGAUCUAACCACGCGCUAUGUCAGUUGCGGUGAUUUCGACGCGCUUGUUCAGGAUGUCACGGUUUUGACCCUUUCAAAGCUGCUUUCCGAGGUCUAUCCUCCGCUUUUCACGCCUCCCAGCUACCCCAAUUUCGUUGUAAUGGCUAUUGUAGCUCGCAAGGGCGAGGCCAAGCAGAGCAUGCGGGGAUCGAAAUACAUAAUGUUAACAUUGACUGAUCUCAAAUACGACGUGAUGCUUGCUAUUCACGGAGCAAGUUUUGAAAAGUUCUGGAAAAUCCGCCCCGGAACUCUGAUCGCCCUACUGAAUCCAAACAUUUACGUCGCCAAGGGCGAGACUCGCACUCUGGGUCUAAGUAUCCGCGGUGAGACCAGUAUUCUUGAAAUUGGUCAUUCAAAGCACUGUGGACAAUGCUAUGGCGAGAGCUCAAAUAAAAAACGGUGCAAAAACUGGGUGGAUCUCCGAAGAACAGAGUUCUGUGAAUACCACCGUGAAGUUCGCCUGCGUAAAGUGGCUGGUACCCGUCCAGAGUUCAACUCUACUGUCUCUAAAUUAUAUGAUCCAAAAAGCGGUGCAAAACGAAUGACGGUAUUCGAAGGUGGCGCCGUCAAAUGGAAACAAGGGCUGCAUACAGAUUUCCAGGCCCCUUUGGAUGCUGGCAAGGUCUACCACAGCAGCGCUCGAGGUUCCUUCAUGGGUGAUUUUGAGGAGACGGUCACUAGCAAAGAAAAGCAGGUCAAACGCGACAAACGUCGAGCAGAUGAAUUGCAAAACGAGCUGCGAAUACGGAAAAAACUCGCCCAGCGUCCUGACGGGUUCCUCCUGCGAGAGUUCGAUACAAAAGGUAAGCUGAUUGACCAAGAUGCAAAUAAGGAUUUUGUUGAAAAACAUCGGGCAUUUACACCCGAACACAUACGUCGUAUUGGCUUCGACCCCACGGGCGGCCAACGAGCCAAGCAACUCGAGCGUCACAAUUCUGAUUCUGAUGACCUUGAAAUCAUUUAA